UUGUUCGCUUAGCUGUCUGGUGUAUUUAUAAAAUAUUAUAUUGACUUUGGUAAACAAAAAUAGCAAACUGCCGUUAUCAGCGGUGAAAGCGUUGAUGCCCCAGCAUCUUUCCUACUUUCGAUUAGUAUUGGCCGAGAGCUAGAGGAGUCCACAGUCAACGCACGGAGAGCAAGAAAAUGUUAAUUCUGGUGACACUGCUUUCGAUCCCGCUGGGCAUCUACCUGUACCUCACCUGGCAUCACAACUACUGGCGCAGGCGCGGCCUUAUCACAGCUCGUCCGCUUAGCGUGCUAGGCACCUAUCCCGGCCUGCUGACCCGGAAGAGCAACCUGGUUACCGAUGUGCAGAAGAUUUACGAUAAAUAUAAGGAUACGCAUCGAGCUGUGGGUGUCUUCGUAACCCGUCAGCCGCAAAUCCUGGUUCUCGAUCCUGAGUUGGCGCACGAAGUGUUGGUCGGAAAUUUUCGCUGCUUCAAGGAUUCCUUAACUAGCUCUUACAUUAAGGAUGCCAAAUGGGAUAAGUACACCCCUCUCAAUCCCUUCUGGGCAGCUGGGGAGUCUUGGCGGCGACUCCGAACGGAUGCCCAAGCGGGCAUAUCCGGGCAUCGGUUGAAGCAGGGCUAUGCCAUCUGGGAGCAGGGAGGAAAGAUGUUAACGGACUAUAUGAACAGGCAAAUGACGGACCAUGGCCAAAUCCUGGAAACCAGAGAUCUCUGCUUUCGUUACACGGCCCAUGUAAUGGCGGACUUUAUAUGGGGCAUUGAUGCCGGAACCCUUACGCGACCCUCUGAGCAACCCAACAAGUUGCAGCUGAUGGCCAGCCGAUGGACCAGUUUCGCCUUCUACAUGAUCUCCAUUUUUAUGGCCUCCAUAGUGGCGCCUUGCUUUCGCCGCCUGUUGCGCUUCCGGUUCUAUCCGAAGGAAACGGACGAGUUCUUCUCAAACCUGACCAGGGAAUCCAUUGAGAUGCGUCUGAAGGGGGGUAGGGAUGCAACUCGAACAGAUUACCUCUCACAUCUGUUGCAACUUCGUGAUCAAAAGCAGGCCACUCACGACGAACUGGUGGGUCAUGCCCUGACUGUGCUGCUAGAUGGAUAUGAUACCAGUGGUGCUGCUCUACUACACGCUCUCUACUAUUUGUCUGAACAUCCAGGAGCUCAGCAAAAGUUGCGAAUGGAAAUCCUGGCUGGCUUGGAAACGGACAAGAGUCUUGACUUUGAGAAGUUGUGCUCACUCCAAUAUUUGGAGCAAGUGGUUUACGAAUCGCUGAGGCUAAGCAGUUUGAUACCUCAAUACACGAAGGUCUGUACACAACGCACGACAAUUCAAUUAAGUGAAGGCAAAAGGUUGGAUGUGGAGGAGGGUGUGACGAUCAUGAUACCCAACUAUCAGUUCCAUCACGACAAACAAUACUUCCCCGAACCCGAGGUGUUCAGACCCGAACGGUUUGACAAUGGCGCCUAUCAGGAGUUAAUGAGGAAGGGUAUCUUUCUUCCAUUUAGUGAUGGUCCUCGCGUUUGCAUGGGCAUGCGCUUGGCUUUGUUGACUUUAAAAUCUGCCCUCGCUAAUAUUGUCAGCGAGUUUGAGGUGGUCAGGGGCAAAGAACGGUUGGUUCCCAAUGAAGACGCUGGCUUCGGGAUCGUGCUGCAGGGAAAUGUUAAUCUGGAAUAUCGCCGACUUCAGAGAUAGACUUUUAACAAUCUCUCUUAAACUGUUGUUUAUAUAAUAAAUACGAAAAGUAC